GAGGGAUUGCUUCUUCUUCUUUCUUUUUCCUUCUUGAUUUCGAAAAGGACAAGUGGCCUAUUUUAGCUGGUAAAAAAUCAAAAGUGUUUUAUUUAUCUGGAAAUGCAUUGUUCUAAAAACUUAAGAAAAUUACUUUAAAACUAACCCAGAAUAGAAAAAAAACAGGGACUUCAGGGGGAUGUUUGAAAAGCAAGGAAUAUAAUAGCUGUUGCUUUUUUUUUUUCUUUCAGAAAUAUAGCAAGAUAUUAUGUUUAAGUUGGUGUUUUGUUACCCGGGCAUAAUGUGGGUCUAAGGAUUGUUGUUGGCAUAUUUUUUAAUAGAAAAGCAAGAAAAGGCAAAAGGGUAGUUGUUUCUCUGUCUCCAACGUUUAGGCAGAGAAAGAGAGAAAUGGUUAGAGAGUAUCUCUGCAAGAGAGAGAAAAAGAGCUCUUUGACCCUCCCUCCCUCCCCUUAUCUCUCGUUUGAAGGCCCUUUUGUCUUCCUGUUCGCAUUCUUCCAUUUGGAUUUCAUCAAUUUAUAAUUAAUUAGCUAUUCAAGCUCACCUGGGUAUUCUUCAGAUUCUCCUUUCAAGUCUUAAAAUCAACAGCAUUUCAAGAUCUUCAUUUUUUCGGAGAAAUUGGAAGUUGUGGAGAGAGGUCUUGAUUCAUGGGUAAUUGCUGUGUAACCCCUACUGGGGCUUCUUCCUCUGAGAAGAAAGUCAAAGGGAAAAAGAAGGAGAAGAAAAAUCCAUUCUUUGGUGAUAAUUAUGCUGUAAUCAAUGAAUCCGGAAAUGUGGAUAAGCUUGGGGUCUUGAAAGAACCUACUGGCAGGGAUAUCUUGGCGCAUUAUGAUCUGGGUCGUGAGCUUGGCCGUGGUGAGUUUGGUGUUACGUAUUUGUGUACUGAUAUAAACACUGGUGAGAAGUUUGCCUGUAAGUCUAUAUCGAAGAAGAAGCUAAGGACUGCUGUGGAUAUCGAGGACGUGAGGAGGGAGGUGGAGAUAAUGAAGCAUUUGCCUGCUCAUCCAAAUAUUGUGUCCUUGAAGGCUAGUUAUGAGGAUGAUUCUGCUGUGCACAUUGUGAUGGAAUUGUGUGAGGGAGGAGAGUUGUUUGAUAGGAUUGUGGCAAGGGGGCAUUACACAGAAAGAGCAGCUGCUGCAGUUAUGCGUACUAUUGUGGAAGUUGUCCAGAUGUGCCAUAAGCAUGGAGUCAUCCAUCGAGAUCUCAAACCGGAGAACUUCCUAUUUGCGAAUAAGAAGGAAACCUCUGCACUGAAGACAAUUGAUUUUGGAUUGUCAGUCUUCUUUAAACCUGGCGAGAGAUUUAAUGAGAUAGUUGGAAGUCCUUAUUACAUGGCUCCAGAGGUUUUAAAGCGCAAUUAUGGCCCUGAAGUUGAUGUCUGGAGUGCUGGAGUCAUUCUUUAUAUUUUACUUUGCGGUGUCCCUCCUUUCUGGGCAGAAACUGAGCAAGGGGUAGCGCAGGCAAUUAUUCGCUCUGUCAUUGAUUUCAAGAGGGACCCUUGGCCUAGAGUUUCUGAUAACGCGAAGGGUCUUGUGAUGAAAAUGCUUAAUCCUGAUCCUAAGCUAAGGCUUACAGCUCAGCAAGUGCUUGAGCAUCCUUGGAUACAAAAUGCAAAGAAGGCUCCAAAUGUCCCACUCGGUGAGACUGUGAAAGCAAGGCUCAAACAGUUUUCUGUGAUGAAUAAGCUCAAGAAAAGAGCUCUGAGGGUGAUAGCUGAACACUUGUCAGUGGAGGAAGUAGCUGGCAUAAAGGAGGCCUUUGAUUCGAUGGACACUGGAAAAAAAGGCAGCAUUAACCUUGAGGAGCUUAGGGUUGGGUUGCAAAAGCUCGGCCAACAUAUUGCUGAUGCAGAUCUUCAGAUCCUUAUGGAAGCUGCUGAUGUUGAUGGUGAUGGAGCUCUGAAUUAUGGAGAGUUCGUAGCGAUUUCAGUUCACAUUAAAAAAAUGGGCAAUGAUGAGCACCUGCAUAAGGCUUUCGCAUUUUUUGAUCGGAACCAGAGUGGUUACAUUGAGAUUGAAGAGUUGCGAGAAUCUUUGAAUGAUGACAUUGACACAAGCAGUGAGGAUGUUAUCAAUGCUAUUAUGCAUGAUGUUGACACUGACAAGGAUGGGCGCAUAAGUUAUGAGGAGUUUGCUACGAUGAUGAAGGCUGGUACAGACUGGAGAAAAGCCUCCAGGCAAUAUUCACGGGAAAGAUUUAACAGUCUGAGCAUAACAUUAAGGCGGGAUGGAUCAUUGCAGGUAGCCAGUUAAGAGUAGGCGAAUCAAUAUUCAGUUACCAGAGAAGAAAAAACCAGCAGUUGCUGUUUGGUCUAUGGAGUUGUUCUUAAUUUUUUCCUUCUUUCUUUUUUCAUAGGACCUUUUGGAUAGGUAGGAUUAGAGUCAUGGUCUUACUGUCCUUAAUAUGAUCAGAAUUUGUUUCUCAUGGGAUAGUUGCAGGAGAAGAGAUACACUAAUGGUAGAGAAAAGUUGGCAAGGAUGCACCACAACAUGUAUUUGUAAAUAUGUGAUCAUCAAUUAGUCUUACAGGUCCUUUUUCAUUGGAGACAUCUGUCUAAAUUACAGUUCAUUUGCUCACGUCCUGUUAAUGACAGAAACGAGCACUUUCUAUUA